CUUCCUUCUCUAAUUCUAGCUCUCUACGCUUCUAAUUUUAUCUCAUCACUCUCUCUCUCUGUCUCUUAAUUCACUCAUCUAUGGCGGAAGACGGCAAAAAGCCAGUUUCUGAGGAAGCUGAGAAGCCAGUUGCUGAAGCUUCCGUUGUUGAAGAAGUUGUGGCUGUGGCUGAGGUGACAGCGCCGCCGCCUGCGGUUCCGGAAGCGGAGGAAGCGGCGGAGAAGCUGAAGGAGGAGGAGGUGGUGGUGGAGAAGCUGGAGGAGGAGGUGGCGGCGGCUGAGGAGGAGAAGCCCAAGGUGGUGGAGGAGGGGGAGAAGAUGACUGAGUCGGUGUCGUUCAAGGAGGAGAGCAACGUUGUAGGUGAUCUUCCGGAGAGUCAGAGGAAGGCUCUGGAGGAGCUGAAAGUGCUGGUCCGGGAGGCGCUGGAGAAGCACGAGUUCACAGCUCCCCCUCCUCCACCGCCGCCGCCGGCCAAGGAGGAGGAAAAGGCUCCUGCAACUGAGGAAGAGCCCAAAACCGAGGCACCGGCGGAACCAGCGCCGGAGGUUGUGUGUCCACCACCGGUGGAAGAAUCAGAGAAGAAGGAAGAGAAGGAAGAAGAGAAGAAAGAGGAAGAGAAGAAAGAAGAAAAGAAAGAAGAAGAGAAGGUUGCGCCGCCGGAACCAGCUGAGCCAGUGGUAGUUGCUGAGGUGGUGGAGACAGUUACUGCCGUCGUGGUCGACGAGGACGGUACCAAAACCGUUGAAGCAAUCGAAGAGACCAUAGUGGUCGCACCUCCCGCUCCUCCAGCAGAGGAGGCCGUAGCCGUCGUCGAGGAGGUCACUCCUCCACCUCCGUCCGAGGAAGUGCCCCCGCCGCCACCACCACCGCCGGAGGAGGUAGAGAUCUGGGGAAUCAAGCUCUUCGAUGACGACAGGACCGAUGUCGUCCUCCUAAAAUUCCUCCGUGCCCGAGAUUUCAAGCCUAAAGAAGCCUUAACCAUGUUGAAGAACACUGUGCUAUGGCGAAAAAGCUUUGGAAUCGAAACUCUUCUGGGAGAUGACCUCGGAACCCACCUGGAGAGCGUGGUGUUCAUGGAGGGAUCCGGAAAAGAAGGCCACCCGGUGUGCUACAACGCAUACGGAAAAUUCCUGAACAAGGAACUGUAUCAAAACACCUUCUCUGAUGAGGAGAAGAGGCAGAACUUCCUCCGAUGGCGGAUUCAGUUCUUGGAGAAGAGCAUAAGGAAGCUGGACUUCAGUCCCAAUGGCAUCAACACUAUCAUUCAGGUCAACGAUCUCAAGAACUCCCCAGGACCAUUCAAGAGGGAGCUCCGACAAUCCACCAACCAGGCCCUCCACUUGCUCCAAGACAAUUAUCCCGAGUUUGUUGCCAAACAGAUCUUUAUCAAUGUUCCAUGGUGGUACUUGGCCUUCAAUAGAAUGAUCAGUCCUUUCCUGACUCAAAGGACAAAGAGCAAGUUUGUAUUUGCAGGGCCAUCAAAAUCCGCUGAAACCCUUUUCAAAUAUAUUGCACCUGAGCAAGUCCCAGUGCAAUAUGGUGGACUGAAAAGGGAUGGUGACACUGAAUUCUCCAUCUGCGACCCUGUUACAUUGGUCACCAUCAAACCGGGAUGCAAACAUGUUAUUGAAUUCCCAUACUCUGAGCCAUGCCAGCUAAUUUGGGAACUUCGCGUUAUCGGAUGGGAUGUGACCUAUGGAGCUGAGUUUGUGCCGACUGUCGAGGAGGGGUACACCGUAAUCGUCCAGAAAGCAAGGAAAAUUGCCCCAACCGAUGAACCAGUGAUCAGCAACAGCUUCAAAAUUGGGGAACCAGGCAAGGUCAUUCUCACCAUCGACAAUCAGACCUCCAAGAAGAAGAAGCUCCUCUACAGGUCCAAGACUCAACCUUGUGACUAAGCUAUUCAGAAUCAACGCCUUCAUUGAAAAAGCCUCUGAUCUCAAUAGCAAAAUAAGAAGGGUUCUUUUGUUUUAAGAAAAGGGGUUUUCUUUUUUUCUUUUUUCUUUUGUUUAAAUUUACAUUUAAUUUUAAAAUUUAAAGUUUGGGGGAUUUUUAUUUAUAUUUUUUGUUCUUUGGGUUUUUGGGUGUGGCAUUGUUGGAAAAACAAAACAUUUACUGGUGAAGACAAUCUGGGAUGCAAGGGAUGGAGAUGCUUGUUGACUGUGGACUGGACAGAAACCAUUGUUGUUGCUACUCACCACCUGUAAAAUUUGUGUAAAUUUAAUGGUGUCGUCUUACUUUAUGUUAUAUUUCUCCGACAUUUAUAAGUCAUUGUUCAUUUGUCAUUUGUCAUUAAAUAUGUUCAUUUGCUCUAUAGUUUAUAUAAACUUGAGUUUAAGCUC